GAGAUAAACUUCAGCACCUGUUGUGCUUUUCUACUAAUUAAACCUAAUUGCUAAUCUGAAACUUGCCAAUGUUCUUUCAAAUGUAAGUGUUUGUAGUGUGUUGUGGUAUGUCUUGCUCUUUAGUUAAGCAUUACCAGCAAGCCCUAUUUUUAUUACAACCAGACAUACCUGUCAUUUUAUAUUCAUUUUGUUGUAGCUUUGAAGAAGAGAAAAUGAACCAGUCAGAGAAGGCUUGGUUGUGCAUUAGAUGUCUCUUAAAGUACAAAUGUUUUGCCUUUUGUGUGUGCCUGAUUUUCCUUCCUGGUUUGCACUGUGGAAAACUACUUUGUUACUACUGUCCAAUGCAGUUAAUUAACAAACCAUGUAAGCAAGUUUUGACUGAAUGCCUACCUGGACAGCUGUGUUUCAUUGCAAAUGGGCACUAUGGAGCUUACAGUGGAGUCUUUAUCAAGGGCUGCAUACUGGAGGACAAAUGCCUAAAGAAAGUGCAUCCUGGUGCCAUCUCUUCCCCCAGGACUGUCACGGCAUGCAGCUCACACACACUACAAGAAGUGCACUCCUUGCACAACUGCUGGCGAGGUGCUGAAGGGACAGCGCCACUUGUUUUAGACAGCAAGAGUGCACAUGACUACAAGAGGCCAACGUGGAAGAUGACAACAAGGACAGCGGAAAAGAAACUCCCCGGCUACACUAUGCCUCUCGACCAUCCUCAGCCUCCUUGACGGCUCCUGGGUCUUUCUUCAUGGCAGCUCCAGCCCCCACAUCGCACCUCGCAAGACAGCACUUCCCCCACUCUCCCUCCUCUUCCUUACACCCACUUUCCAGCUCUUCAUUGUAAAUAAAUAGCACUGUUUUUGGCACCAUCUCAGCCUCCCCGUGUUUGCGUUCUGCCUGUCCCAGCUUAGAAGACUCACACUAGUGGAGAAUGCGGGCAUUGUAGAACACAGAAGGGGAGAGAUAAAAAAAGGAAGCCUUACGGUUCCUGAGAAACAGUUAUCUGAGCAAAGCAAAUACCACUCUCCAAUCUUGAGUGUUCCAAUCUUAGAAUCCUGUCCUGUGUAUUCACUUCAAGUUUUGUUUGAAACCAUGCAAGCAAUCAUAAGUUGCAGUUGUAUUA